UUAUUUAUUUGCCAAGGGGAUAUCCAAAAUUUCUGCAGUAUGUGAAAAUGAUUUCUGGGAACGUGCCGUUGAGCAAUUGGUUUUCGUUGUUCCGGAACAGACAGAUCUCUCGCAGAUGCAGCUCAGAAAAUGGUAGAUAUUUUUCUCCCCACAGAAAUCCGAGAGAUUUGGUACACAGCAAUCGGAACAACAUUCCCCUCCGAUCGGAUUGAGCCAUGGGAGCGCCACUUCCAUGGAGCUCAACUCUUCAUGCUUCUCCGAUCAACCACAAAUCGCCCAUUUCCAUUUCAUCCCCUUCCAAUCUCAUCUACUAUUACUCUAAACGAUCUCGUGUAAAUCAUUCAUCCCCUCGUCGUUGCGCUGUUUGUGCUCAGAAUUCCAAUUCGCCGCGCUCAAAAUCCACCAUCUCCGAUGCUCCGAGUUCGAAACCUGCCGUGCUCGGAGAUUGCCAGGGGAAUGAGGUCGCUCGGGUCUCUUCGACUCCGAUUCGACGGCGUAACAAUGGGAUUCUCUCCCUAAUGUCUCUAUUUGAUAAACGUUCUCUUUGGCGAAGGAUCUUUUUUGCCUCGAAGAAAGUUAGGAGUAUCAUUUUGCUCAACGUCGUCACCAUUGUUUAUGCUAGCAGUAUUCCAGUCGUGAAAGAGGUUGAAGAAUUAGUGGAUCCAGCAACCUUCAAUGUUGUGCGGUUUGCCAUCGCUGCCAUUCCAUUCGCUCCAUUGGUACUGUAUAAAUGGAAUGAUGUUCAGACCCGUAAUGCUGGAAUAGAGUUGGGUUUCUGGGUUAGUCUUGGGUACCUGAUGCAGGCAUUUGGACUUCUUACAUCUGAUGCUGGUCGUGCAUCUUUCAUAUCAAUUCUCACUGUACUUGUAGUUCCUUUUCUUGAUGGGCUUUUAGGGGCUGUAGUUCCUGCUCGUACCUGGUUUGGAGCUCUCAUGUCUGUCGUUGGAGUUGCAAUGCUGGAAUCCAGUGGAUCCCCUCCAUGUGUGGGAGAUCUUUUGAACUUCUUGAGUGCAAUAUUUUUUGGUGUGCAUAUGCUUAGAACAGAGCAUAUUUCAAGACGUACAGAAAAAGAUAAAUUCCUUCCACUCCUUGCAUUUGAGGUUUGUGUUGUUUCUAUUCUAUCGACAGUUUGGUAUUUUAUUGGAAGAUGGAUUGAUGGAACUGAAGCAAUAAGUGUGUCAUGGAAUUGGGAAACGUAUUUAGAUUGGGUGUUCGUGUUUCCUUGGAUACCUGCUCUUUAUACAGGAUUAUUGUCCACUGGUUUUUGCCUGUGGCUUGAGAUGGCUGCCAUGUGCGAUGUAUCAGCCACAGAAACUGCCAUUAUUUACAGCUUGGAUCCAGUCUGGGGCGGUAGUUUUGCCUGGUUUAUGCUUGGUGAAAGGUGGGGACCGAGCGGUUGGAUUGGUGCUGCUCUUGUGCUAGGUGGAAGCUUAACAGUGCAGAUAUUUGCAUCGUCUCCAACAAAAUCUAGCAAAGAUGAGAGAAACAAGGAAGUUCGUGGCCUCUUGGGUUCGGGCGAUAACCGCAGUUUAUCGACCUCUCCAAUUGUGGUAACAACAAGAAAGGAUGUUACAGAUCACCUGAAGAAGUAAGGCACAUUAUUUAUUUACACAUUAGAUAUAGAUAUACCCAAUAAUCAGAGCUAUACCUAUGAAUAUGUACAUAUACUAUCCUUUUGUCUUCCUUUGGAAUAUAUAAGUUUCUUAUCUGAAAAAAGAAUAUGUACAUAUUCUAUCAAAGAAGUGAUGUUACUAACUAGUUUUAGGUAAGUUUUGUUUGUCUAAGUUUGUAAUCAUGUAAUAUUGGCUGCUGGAGGCCUGUAGGCAUCAGUCAUUAGUAACAAAAUGUAUAUCUACCCUAUAUAUUUGAAUAAAUUAGAGCCCGAUUGGUAACGUUUUUAUUUUU